GGAAAUGGGGGAGGCCUGAAAACCCUUUUACUGGAAAGUGGUCCACUUUGUAAAUGUGUGUGUGUGUAACCGAGCCAUGUAAUCCAUCACUAGCUAUGGAGAAAAGAGAGUGGGUGGGAGGUGCUCGAGUAGGAUGGACAACCGAGAAGUUUAGAAACAGAGAAGACAGAGAGACAGAGAAGGAGAGACAGACAGGAAGGAGCAGCAGGAAAAUGUCUUUCUUUGAGUUUUGGAGCAACAGGAUACAGCAAACAACACAGCUCAACCUGAACGCCUCACAGAGGAAACGGUUGCUAAGUGACCAUGAGGCCCGGGCAGCACUACAGAAUGAGAGUAUGGUAUCUCUGCUGCCUCCUGUUGGUACGGAGGUCUUCAGACGGUUUACACCUGCCUCACUGGAAGAGAUCGAACCUAAACGGAAAGCUAAAGAAGAUGAGGAACAACAAAGGAAAGCAAACAAAGAGGAAAACCACCACCUGUCCAAACCAGCCAGUGACCUCCAGGCUGGGAGGACCCUCCCCUUUAUCUAUGGGGACAUGCCCUUGGAGCUUCUCAGCAUCCCAUUGGAGGAUUUGGAUCCGUUCUACCAGUCACAAAAGACCUUUAUGGUGCUCAGUAAAGGAAACACCAUCUACAGAUUCAAUGCUGAGUCAGCAUGUUACCUGCUGAGUCCCUUCAACUGUUUGAGGACCACUGCCAUCCAGAUCCUCCUCCAUCCGUUGUUCAGGUUGUUCAUCUUGCUAACAGUUCUGACAAACUGUGGCUUCAUGCUAAUCGACGUACCACUGAUAAGCUUUGUGGCAGAGUUGAUUUUCCUGUGCGUCUACAUCUGUGAGGUCAUCUUAAAGCUUUUGUCCAGUGGCUUUUGUAAGGGGCGCUUCACCUUCAUCAGAGACCCCUGGAAUUGGCUUGACAUCCUCAUCAUCCUCACUUCGUCGGUAGGAAUGAUAAUCUAUAUUCCUGCGCUGGGAACUAUUCCUGUUGUGAUGAAGAUCUUCGCCUGCAGCCCAGGUCUAAAGAAGACGGUGGAAGGUUUCAUCCAAUCCGUGAAGAAGCUUGCAGGUGUUAUCGUCCUGACGACCUUCUGCCUCAUCAUCAUGGCUAUGCUUGGUCUACAGCUCUUCAUGGGAAAUCUGAGGAACAAAUGUGUCUUCACCUUUCAUGAAGGGCUGUUGUACUCCAUGAACACAUCAUACAAUUACACCGACAGUCAAACAGGAAUAGUCACCAGUCCAGAGAACUUUUACUAUGUGCCAGGUCAACAGGAUGCUCUGCUUUGUGGAAACAGCUCAGAUUCUGGGCGCUGUCCGAUGGGGACAAUCUGUAUGAAGACAUCAAGAAAUCCAAACUAUGGCUACACCAGCUAUGACUCCUUUUGGUGGUCUUUGCUGUCUAUGUUAAGACUCCUGUUGCAGGACUUCUGGGAUGACCUGCUGAUGCAGACUAUGCGAAGUGCAGGUAAACACAGCAUCAUCUACUUCGUCCUCGUCUUCUUCCCCCCAUGUUUCAUCCUGCUCAGUAUCAUCGUGGCAGUGGUUGCCAUGGAGCAGGUGGAGCAGGAAAGGGCCAAUGCUGCCGAGGCCAGACAGAGGGAAGAGGAGUUCAGUCGGAUUGUAGAAGUCUUAAGGAGAAGAGAAGAGGAGGAGGAGGAGGAAUCCAGGAGGGCAGGAAUCUCAGAAGAACAAGACUCACCAGCCGCACAGACCCAGAAACCAGAACCAGUCUCUGUGGCAGGUGGUGAGGAAGACCACCAGCCCUCCUGUCGCUCCUUCGCUGUUACCGUAUUGAAGGGGGACUGUUGUGGUUGCUGCCGGUGGCUCAAACGGCAACUACGUCCCUUCGUCCUGAGUCCAUUCUUUGACUUGGGGAUCUUCAUCUGCAUUAUUCUCAAUAUUGCCUUCAUGGCUGCAGAACAUUAUCCAAUGACUGCCAACAUGGUGGAGGUGCUGGUCAUCUUAUAUCUGGUGUUCACAGCAAUCUUCACAGCUGAAAUGGUCCUCAAACUUGUGGCUUUGGGCCUGCAUGAAUACUUCAAGGUGAGCAGAAACAUCUUUGACUUCCUCCUGGUCAUCUUCAGUCUGUUGGAUCUGGGGCUGACUGGAAGUGAGGGGCUGUCUGUGCUAGGAGCCACAUGCCUGCUGCGAGCCUUGAGGCUGGAGCGUUGGUGGCCGGACCUCCACCUGCUGAUGAAGACUGUCUGGACCUCGAUCGGGAACCUCAGCCUGGUUCUGAUCUUUAUGGUGUUCCUGUUCAGUGUGGUCGGCACGCAGCUGUUCCAAGAGGAUAACAAAAACCUCCUCUUCAACACCACGCAAGGCGACAUGGGUCCUCGGUGGCACAUGGAUGACUUCUUCAACAGCUUCCUCCUCAUAUUCAGAGUCCUGUCUGGACAGUGGAUCGAGCCUCUGUGGGAGUGCAUGGAGGUGUCCAAUGACGGGAAGUGUGUGAUCUUUUUCAUGACGGUCCUGAUCAUCGGAAGGCUGCUGAUCUUGAGCCUGUUUCUAAAUCUGCUUCUGAGCUCCUUGUGUAACGCUAAACUGGCGGCUCCAUCAGGGAAAGAAACCAACAAUCUGCAGACCAUUGGAAAAAAGACCAGGACCUGGAUCAGGUCUCUACGGGGGAACAGUAACCAAACUGACGUUGGACCCAAAGACGCUGAAGACAGGAAGGAUUACCUGGCCUUAACCCCCAUCACCUGUGAUGACCCAGCCGAAGGACCCAGUGAGGCAGCACUGAGUGGGGUCCCCGUUGCUGAUCCCGACGUCAUUUUACAGAUUCCUGGCAAAGGCAAAGCGGAGCCGGCACGUCCAGAUGCCGAAAAUCAAACAGGAAACACACCUGAGGACUGCUGCUGUGACGGAUGUUACCGCUGCUGUACCAUCCUGGACUUAGGCACAUCCCCGGGUGCAGGGAAGGUCUGGUCUAGGUUCAGGAGAGCCUGUUUCCUCAUCGUACAGCACAAAGUGUUUGAGGUCUUCAUCAUCUUCAUCAUUCUGCUGAGCUGUGUUGUUCUGGUGUUUGAGGACAUCUACCUGGAGUACCGGCCCACUUUGCAGAUGGUUCUGGACAAAGCCAACUUGGUGUUCACUUAUGUGUUUCUGUUGGAGAUGUUGCUCAAGUGGAUCGCCCUUGGAUUCAAAAAGUACUUCAGUAAUUUCUGGUGCUGGCUCGACUUCCUCAUCCUAGAUGUGUCUCUGAUCUGUCUGAUGGCCAACAUGAUGGGAUACUCCACCCAACCCAUGAGGGCCCUGGGGGCCCUGAGGACCCUGAGGACCCCAGCUCGCUUUAAAGGCAUGAAGGUGGUGCUUCGGGCUAUGCUUUUAAACCUCCCGUCCAUGUUCAGAGCUCUGCUGGUGUCUCUCUUCGUCUGGCUGUUCUUCUCCAUCUUGGGGAUUAAUCUGUUUGCAGGAAAGCUUACUCACUGUUACAACGAGACAUCGGAGGAGAUUUUUCUCCAGAAUGAGGUCCACAACAAAACCCAGUGUUUUGAAUUAAUCAUGGCUAACUUCACGGAGGUCCGCUGGAAGAACAUGGAGUUUAACUUUGAUAACGUGGGGACGAGUUUCCUGUCGCUGCUCAUUACGGCAACAUCAGCUGGCUGGUUGGACAUCUUGUACUCAGUUAUGGACUCUACACAGGUGGAGAGUCAGCCUGCCUAUAAAAGCAACUUGUUCAUGAGCCUGUACCUGAUCUUUUUUUGGAUCUUUGGCUGCUUCUACACCUGGAACCUCUUCAUCAGAGUCUUCAUCGACUCCCUCCACCAGCAGAGAAACCAGUUAGGAAAGAAACAUGUUUUCAUGACGGAGGAACAGCAGAAAUAUUCCCAGACCAUGAUGGAAAAGUUCUCUAGGAAACCUAAGCAAGUUGUUCCGCGGCCACAGAGCUGCUGCCUGGCUUGUUUCUUUGACCUGGUGACUGCACCUUGGUUUGAGGUUGUCAUGGUGAUGGUAAUCUGUGUGAACAUGCUGCUUUUGAUGGUGGAGACUGAUAACCAGAGCAGUGAAACUGAGGCAGUCCUGCACUGGCUCCACUUUGCCAUUUUGAUCAUCUUCCUCAUCGAGUUUAUUCUGAAGAUCAUUGCACUCAGGAAGCACUACUUCAGCUCCUGCUUGAACAUCCUGGACUUUGUGGUCCUCCUUAGGUCUAUCAUAGACUUAGGAUUUGCUGACCUGCUUACCAUUUAUUUCAUUGGUCCAAGUGUCUUCUUGGUAUUACGAUUGGGUCGUGUCAUCAGAAUCCUCCUAAACAUCCGCUGGGCCAAAGGGAUCAGGAAGUUGCUUUUGGGCUUCAUGAUGUCACUUCCUGCCCUCCGCAACAUUGGCCUCCUUUUCUUCCUCGUUCUGUUCACUUACUCCUAUAUUGGCAUGUGUACCUUUGCCCACGUGAGGGAGGCAUUGAUUGACAACAUGUUUAACUUUGAGACGUUUGGAAACAGCAUGAUCAGUAUGAUUCUGGUCAGUACGACCUCCUCGUGGGAAGGUUUCCUGCUUCCCAUCAUGACUCUGCCUCCAGACUGUGACCCUAUCAUAGGAGACUGUGGAAGCCCAACGGCAGGUAUCAUCUUCUUCUCUUCCUACAUCCUCCUCUAUAUUCUACUUAUGGUCCACAUCUUCAUCACCGUCAUCCUUGAGAGCUUCAACAGCAGGGACCUGGAGGGUGAUGAGCUGCUCAGUGACAAACAUCUCCAGAUGUUCUAUGACACAUGGAGGAAGUUUGACCCUGAAGCCUCGCAGGUUAUGCAGUACAGUGAGCUGUCCAACUUCUACGACACCCUCCAGGAUCCUCUGAGGAUUCCCAAACCAAACACCAUCAGAUUGAUCCUCAUGGACAUUCCCCUGCUUCCAGGAGACAAGGUUCGCUGUCUGGAUGUCCUGCAUGCAGUCAUGGAACAGGUGUUUUGUGGAUCAGAACAGAAAGACGCUCUCAAAGCCAGACUGGAGGAAAAGUUCAUUGUCAACAACCCAUCCAAGGUGUCAGAUGAGCCAAUCAGCAGCACCCUGAGGAGGAAACAGGAAGAGGUGGCAGCAGCAGUGAUCCAGCGAGCAUUCAGAAAAUGUCACCUGCAGGACCGAGACGAGACGUCUGUGGGCGGAGCUUCAGAUGUUUUAGGUUCCUCUGUUCAGUGAGCUUCUUACCCAUUGACUCACUGUACUUUGUUUGGGUUGUAUGGAGGGUCCAGACCUGGAUCCCAGCAGCAAGAUUCGUUACCUAGAUCAACUGAAAUUAGACCUAAUCCUGAGACUUCACCCUCAGAACUGAUCCAGAAGUGAUCCUCAGACCUAACCCUCAGACAUGAUCCUCAGACCUGACCCUUAGACCUGAUUCUCAGACAUGAUCCUCAUACCUGACCCUUUAGCCCCGUUUCCACAGAGUGGUUUCGGUUCAGGCCGGUGUGGUCCAGUACGCUAUUUUGUGUUUCUAUCAUAAAAGGGGCCCAUAUAACUGCACCAUACCACACCAUUUAUGGACCCCCUUCAGUUGUAGGUCCCCAGGAAAAUACUAUGGAACGGUUGCGGUGGAGCUACUGGCAUCUAACGAUAAAAUCUAUUGAUUGGGGGACAGGAAAACAUCACUGCCUACAACAAAGCAAGCGCGAAACAAACAACGUUGCCGUUCAGUCCAUGAUUCAGUGAAACAUGGCCCUUCAAACGGUAAGGUGUGGUCGUACGAUGCGUUCAUAGAAAAAAACAAAAGCCAAGCAGAACAAACCCAGGCUGCUGAUUGGCCUCCACUGUUGUUUGUAGCAUCACGUUUGUUGGAGUCGCACUAGUAUGACGCCACCCUAUGCAUUUGGUCUAAACCCUGGAUGCCCAGUGGCAGUCCAACUUGCAGUGAGAGCACUUACCUAAUUUGGCUGGACCAUUCUAAAACUUCUAAACCGUAUCAGCCCGGACUGGACCACUCAGUGGAAGCAAGACUUCAGACCUGAUCCUCAGACCUCAGCUGAAGAAACAAACAAAAAAAAAAAAUUAAGAGAAUGCUCUGAAUGACAAGCAAUGAUU